AUGGUAAAUUUUGUUGGUCCCAGCAUCUUAUCUGAUGUUACACAAGUCAUGGAAUGUUACAAGGAGGAGAUUACUGGGCUGGUUCUUCUAUGUAUGCAGGCGGAGAGCUUAGAGGAAGCCAUAGCUAUUGUGAAUAGAAAUAGGGCUGCUGAAAGUUCGGGUGAGUCUGCAAAUCCAGCUGUGGUUGGCCGGAAUUUACAGCUAGCAGCCAUGUUUGGAGUGUGGUAUCUUUUGAACAUAUACCCCAACAUCUUCAACAAACAGGUUCUUAAGAUUGUACCUGUGGUAAUACUGGCAGCGACACACACAAUAUAUGACAGUCGGCAGGGACUGAUAGUUCCCACGAACGGAGGAGUGAAAGUUGUAGUGACUGGUGGUGGGGGUGAUGUGCCUUUGGGAAAUAAGGGAAUAAGAGGAGGGAGUGGAGGCAAUGGAACUAAUGGAAUUAGAGGCGGAAAUGGCACUGGUGGAAUUAGUGGCGGCAAUGGUGGGAAUGGAUUUAGAGGAGGCAAUGGCACUGAUGGAAUUAUUGGAGACAAUGGUGGCAAUGGAAUUAAAGGAGUCAAUGGCGGCAACGGAUUGAGAGGAGGUAAUGGAGGCAAUGGAAUUAGUGGAGGCAAUGACACUGAUGGAGUUAAGGGAGGCAACGUUGGCGAUGGCAUUGAGGGCGUUAGAAGAGAUGAUGGGGCGUCGGGGAAGCCAUUUGAUAGCAUAAGUGGAGGGACUGGUGGCAAGAGGCGACCUGCUACGGUUGCUUGGAGGUUGCUGGAGAAAAUGAGAGUUGCAAGGAGAGGGAGAAUGACAAGGGCAGUAAAAGCCAUUUUGUGA